AUGAGUAAUAGCGGCGGCGGUGUUCGCGCUAACGGCGGUGGUCGACGCCAAGUCGAUUGGAAUCGCUUUGGCCUAGAUGAUGAUGGCCCCGGGGAUGUUGUGGUAGCAAACUUUCGUCAACGCGGCAAUUCUGGUGGCUUUGUGGAUUUGGGCAACGAGUACACUUAUGCGGCGGGUGGACAUCAAGCGUCUGGACGGAAUGAAAUAUUCGCCGAUGAACAAGGCGAUAAGCCAUGGUGGCGUUCAAAUUUCUUUAUCUCACAGCCAGUGCUCUUCGGCACUUGGGACGGCGUAUUCACAUCUUGUCUUAUAAAUAUAUUCGGUGUGAUCGUAUUCUUACGCUCUGGUUGGGUUGUUGCGCAAGCUGGUAUAAUCAAUGCAGUGCUAAUUAUUUUUUGCACCGUAGUGAUAGCUUUAGUCUCGGUGCUUUCAGCAGUAGGUAUAUGCGAGCGCUGUCGCGUAGAGAGUGGCGGUGUGUAUUUUCUUAUAGCACAUACGUUGGGCUCGCGCUUUGGUGGCUCACUUGGUUUACUAUACUGCUUCGGACAAGCUGUGGGAUGCGCCUUGAAUGUGAUGGGUUUCGGCGAGAGUAUGGCCGGACUUGUCGGACUUGCGGACAAUAAGUGGGCGAUACGUGGUUUCGCUACAGCAGCGGUGCUGCUGCUAGGUUGCAUUAAUGUAGCCGGCGUGAAGUGGGUUAUUAAACUGCAAUUCAUAUUGCUAAUGAUACUACUAGUGUCAGCAUUAGACUUUAUGGUGGGCAGCUUCAUAGGUGGAGAUCCAGAUAAUGGUUUUGAUGGCUGGGACAGUAGUAACUUCUGGGAUAAUUUGAUGCCGAAGUAUGAGGACGGCUACUCCUGGUUUAGGGUGUUUGGUGUAUUCUUUCCAACCGUCACAGGCGUGCUAUCCGGAAUUAACAUGAGCGGUGACCUGCGUGCCCCCUCGACUGAUAUACCGAAUGGCACACUGGCGGCGUUCGGCACAGGCACAUUCCUUUACAUGGUUUUUGUGCUAUUCUUGGGCGCUACUUGCACCCGACCUACGCUGCUUAACGACUUUAUGAUUUCUGUAAAAGUAUCUGCGGUGCCGUUUCUAUUGCUUGCGGGCAUUUAUGUAUCCAGCAUGUCUUCGUGUUUGGGUGCAAUGUAUGGCACGCCGCGUGUGCUGCAAAGCAUCGCCAAUGAGAGCGCUAUACCCGGCAUUGAUGUGCUGGGCAAGGGUCGCGGACCCAACAAGGUGCCACUCUACGCAAUGGGUGUAGUAGCUGUUGUUACAGUCACAUUUAUCAUAGUGGGUGAUAUUAACUUUCUUGCACCCAUCGUAACAAUGCCUUUUUUGCUUACCUACGCUUGCAUUGACUACUCCUACUUUGCUUUGGCUCAAACUUUUGACAUACAAGAGCAACGUGAAGAACGCUUCCGUAUACAAGCGUCAAGUCCCUCGUAUGAGACGCGUCGCUAUGGCUCAACGCAAUCACCUGCACAGGAUGGCAACGAUUUGGAUUUACUUUUCCCAGAUCGUGUACGCCAUAAAAACUUACAACAAACACCACAAAAUUCACCACAUCAUGUGCCUUCAAAUAUCACAUCAUCUAAUGCUGCUGCUAUAGCAACUGCUGCGGCAGCAGCGGCGACGGCAGCCAAUCAUGAGACUGAACGCAAUCAUAUCCAACAACAACAGCACCAACUCUACGGCAGCGAUACAAAUAGUGUUGCUUUUCGUGAUGGUUACAACAGCACAAAUGCAGCCGAAGCUGGCGUGCCAGAGCAGGCUGCCGAGGAUGAGGAGCCCAUAGCGCCUAUACGUCUGCCCAUACACUCGAAGACGAAGAACUGGUAUUCGCCGUUCUGCAAUCGUUGGGCCUCACUUAUGGGGACUUUCCUGAAGUUACUCGUGAUGUUGCUGGUCAACUGGUAUUACGCGCUCACCUGCUACCUGGUUGUGUUCAUUGUAUGGUUCUAUGUGGGCACAGCCAAUCCGGCAGUGAAACCGGGCUUAACAGCGGAAUUUAAUUUCUUUGCGUGGCUUAAGAGCGUUAUAUUCCGGUGCUUCGGUAAACGCAUACACCAGUACGAGCAGGUUGUCGUAACGCCUACCUGUCCCGGCGUUGAUUUCUCGCCUACGCAGCUCAAUGAAGAGAAUGCAGAUUUUUCGCAACGUAGUCGUUAUCAUCACUCAGCUGUGGUGGAAGGUCAUCUUAUUGAUGAUGUUUAAGAUGAAUUGAUAAAAGCAAUGCAGCGUACAAUAACAUUUAUAAAAAAAAAAAUAUUUAUUGCAAAAACACUGAAACAAUAACACGCACUUAUACACCCUCCAAAAAAAAAAAACUAAUAAGAAUUGGACUAAGAAACUGAAAAUGUAUUUUUGAAGCAAUAUUCUCCCUAAAAUUAAAGGUAAAAAAUAACAUUCCUGCUUGAUCGGCAAAAAAAGGGCAGGGAAAAAAUCUCAUUAUGACAGCGAUCCUGCGCUGCUAUAAUCAUCAUUAUUAAGCACGCUAACCGGAGACUGUUGGCGAAUUAUUGCAUUUAAAAUCUACGCACUGCGUUUAUUUUUUUAUAUGCAUCUAGCGGUAGAGGCAUUUCUUUGAACUAUGCGCGCGCUAAGUAUUCGAAAUGAUAAUCUUUCGUGUGAGCUGUUUUAGUGCUAGUGGAGCGCUUUUAUGAUUUUUAUUUUUUGAGUUUUUCGAUAGAACACCAAUACAAUGCGCUCAUACAUUGUUGUAAAGUAUGUAAUUCUAAUGUAUAUGUAGGUUUUUAGUUUUCUAACAAGGUACACAUCGUUUUCGUUUAAUGCAUGUUAAAUAUUUUUUUGUUAUAAAAGUUGUACUAGUAAAUGAUGUAAGGUAUUUAGCGGUAUGACGAACGAUUGAAAUUCAUAUGUAUGUUUCCUUGCGUUGCAUUUAAGAGCCUAAGCUGAAUUUAAUGCGUUCGAAAGGAAGCAUAUGUGAUAUUGAGAUAAUAACAACAAAAAGUUAAACAAAUGCAAAAUUAAUAUGUGUAAGAAUUGGAGAAUAAGCAAAAGUUGCUGUUGCAAAAUGAAAGUUGAACGAAAAUUAUAAAAAGCUCAGUAUAAUCAAAAGGCAGGAAUUAAAUAAAGAAAAAAAUUAAACAAAAACUUGCUGUAAAUAUAUUGGUUAAGAAAGUGUGCGAUUUGCUAUUCCUAAAUUUUACUUAUUUACAUUUUGAACUUAUUUUCAAACUCUUGGCUUCUUUUAGAACCUAAAAAAAGUAUUUUUACUCACAAAAGCUUAAUUAUAUUUUUUAAAACAAAAUAUUGUAAACAUCUGUAUCUGUAGUUAGUUACUCAUGUACCAUUUUGCAUUUUGCUGCAUCUAUCUAUAACUGUAAAAUAAUACAAAAAAAAAAACGAAAUCUACUUUCAAAACGCCUUAAUAACUUUUUAACAUAUUUAUAUACUCUACGACUAUGUAUUCUUUUACGUUCCACAAAAAAAAGAA